CCUGCGUGUACACUAGUGUUGGGGGGCGAACAGAAAUGUCCUGAGAGCAAAUACGGUCCGUGAAGCAAAGACAGUCGACGCUGCCGGGAUUUAUGCUUGUUUUCUCUCACACUUUUGCGUUCCUCAUCGUGGAGUAGCAACGUUGUUUUUAUCGUGAAGCAUUACUAAAGGUGGCCUUUCGCACUUAGAGCAACACAUCUCCGAAGAGGCGAGAAGACCAGAUACAGAGUGAAGAGAUUGUUUUUGGCUCUUACCAAGAGCUGUUUUUCUCACUCUCCCUCACGAUCUCUCAUCCCAUCUGUUGGAGCCCUUAUGCCAAGGCUGUUUCAUAAGCAGAAAAUCAUCUCUUGUCUACAUUACUUUGAGUGACAUUUUUUCUCAAGAUAAUUGCUGUCUUUUUGGAAAGGCAGCCGUUGCUUUUUGGUCAUUUGUGACAUUUUUUCAGCCAAAAUCUGCCCUCUUUGAAAACCCUCAGAGAAGGGCACAUAGUCCAAACCUCCUUCAUUUAACAUUUUUUGCUGAAAAAACAAUGAAUUUCUCUCCUUAGUUCUUUUAACAAACAACAACAACUAUGAUUCACCCGUGUAUACAUAGUAGUCCCACUUAAAUUAAAGUUGUUCCUUUUUUCACCUUGGCUGACGAGUCCCUCAAGCUGUACCAGCCUCAUCCUACUCUAGUAUGAGUUAUGACAACUCUAAAUCAAUGCCCAGCAGCAGCACUCGGGGGCGAGUGGCAAGGGCCGAUGGGAAAGACAAUGACCAGGAAGCGGUGUCCGGAGGGUUAAACUCUCCGAAAACCAGCGGUGGUCAGCCCGGUGCCAAUGUCGCCACUCAAGAGCAGAGAUCUGGAGGCGCCUCAUCUCCUAGCGGAGGAUCGGGAUCCGGAAGUUCGUCCGGAGACCGAAGGGGGCACAACUCCGACGAUAUGGACGGACUGUCCAGCGGGAACGACUCUGGCGAGAGGGAAAGCGAGGGCGGCAUGGAGAGGGAGAGCGGGUCACGUGGGCGCCAGUCCACACGCAGCUCCCACAGCUCGUCAAACGGCAAGGACUCCGGCAUGAUGCUGGAAAACACGGAGAGCAACAAGAGCUCCAACUCCCAGAGUCUCUCCCCUCCCAGCGGUUCCUUGGCCUACAGCCUGCUGUCGACCAGCUCGGAGCACGACCCUCCCUCCACCUCUGGCUGCAGCAGCGACCAGUCGGCGAGGGUACAGACCCAGAAAGAGCUUAUGAAGGCCAUCAAGGAGCUGAAGCUCCGCCUACCAUCUGAGCGCAAGGCAAAAGGCCACUCCAGCACUCUGAAUGCGCUUAAAUACGCACUUCAGUGUGUCAAACAAGUCAGAGCCAACAAGGAGUACUAUCACCAGUGGAGUGUAGAGGAGUGUCACGGCUGCAGUCUGGACUUGUCUGCCUUCACAAUUGAGGAGCUUGACAACAUCACCUCAGAAUACACCCUUAAAAACACUGACACCUUCUCCAUGGCCGUGUCAUUCUUGUCAGGGAAGGUCGUGUACGUAUCACCCCAGGGCUCAUCUGUCCUGCGCUGUAAGCCUGAGUGUCUCCAGGGGACUGUGUUUUCUGAGCUUUUGGCUCCGCAGGACGUUAGCACUUUCUACAGUGGCACAGCACCCUGCCGCCUGCCACCCUGGGCUUCCUGCAUCGGAUCUGCAUCUCCUCCGGUCGACUGCACUCAGGAGAAGUCCAUGUUCUGUCGGAUCAGUGCCGACCGGAUGCAGGGCGGCGAGAUGCGCUACCACCCGUUUCGCCUCACGCCAUACCAACUCACCAUCAGAGACUCGGAUGCUUCUGAGCCACAGCCCUGCUGCCUGCUCAUCGCAGAGAAGGUCCACUCUGGAUACGAGGCUCCUCGUAUCCCUCCAGACAAGAGGAUCUUCACCACCAGUCACACUCCCAGCUGCCUCUUCCAGGAAGUUGAUGAGAGGGCCGUGCCAUUGUUGGGCUAUCUGCCUCAGGACUUGGUGGGAACCCCCACCCUGCUUUACAUCCACCCUGAAGACAGGCCUUUGAUGGUGGCUAUUCAUGAGAAGAUCUUUCAGUUUGCAGGGCAGCCGUUUGAAUAUUCACCCUUGAGGAUGUGCGCCCGCAACGGGGAAUAUCUGACCAUCGACACCAGCUGGUCUUCCUUUGUCAAUCCCUGGAGUCGGAAGGUGGCAUUCAUCGUAGGGCGCCACAAAGUCAGAACGAGCCCUCUGAACGAAGACGUGUUUACAACGCCACAGGGCUGCGAGAGUCGGGUCACCACGCCUGACGUCGUCCAGCUGAGUGAGCAGAUUCACCGCGUGCUGGUGCAGCCGGUGCACAGCGGCAGCUCUCAGGGCUACAGCUCACUCGGGUCCAGCGGCUCGCGAGGCUCCCGACGGUCACACCAACAGCACCUCAGUGCCGCUUCGUCCAGCGACAGCAACGGCCCCGCCAUGGAAGAGGCUGCGGCCGUGGUCGCUUUGCACAAGCCGAUGACGUUCCAGCAGAUCUGCAAAGAUGUUCACAUGGUGAAGACGAACGGACAGCAGGUUUUUAUCGAGUCCCGUAAUCGGCCACUGCCCAGAAAAAACACCAGCACAGGCCCAACAGGCAUCAGAGCGGUCACCAGUGACCCAAUCAGAGGUUUGAUAGCCGACCUGACGAAACCACCCAAAGCUGUGGUCCCUGCGCCGUUUGUACAGAAGGAGGCCCCUACCGGCUACUCCUACCAGCAGAUCAACUGUCUGGACAGCAUCAUAAGGUACUUGGACAGCUGUAACAUUCCUAACACUGUUAAAAGGAAGUGCGGCUCCUCCUCCUGCACCUCCACAUCUGAUGACGACAAACAGCAAGAGGCCAGUGGCAACAACAAAGGUGGUUCAGUUAGCAUCGUAGGUGAACCACCUUCUCUGCCCCCCCUGACCAUGGCCACAAAGGCAGAGAGUGUAGCCUCAGUCACGUCCCAGUGUAGCUUCAGCAGCACCAUCGUGCAUGUUGGAGACAAGAAGCCUCCUGAGUCAGACAUCGUCAUGGAGGAAGCUCCUACAACUCCCACCCUUGCUCCUCCUACAACGACCCUAACUCGUCUCGCCAUCGCCGCUCCUCCUCUUCCUCCUCCCCCUCCUCCCCCCCAGGCCACUCAGCCUGAGAGAGACAGCCGGAGAAAUGGAAGUGUAGGAGGAGGUGGAGGAGGACGGAUGGGUCUGACAAAGGAGGUGCUAUCCGCCCACACUCAGCAGGAGGAGCAGGCGUUCCUCGACCGCUUCAAGGACCUUAGCAAGCUGCGCGUUUUUGAUCAGACGGCGUCUUCGACUCUGCGCUGCCACACCCCAGCUGCCAACCCUCUGUCACGAGGAGUGCGUUGUUCUCGAGAUUACCCCGCUGCAGGAAGCAGCAACGGUCACAGACGUGGUCGUGGCGGUAAAAGACUCAAACACCAGGAGUCAUCUGACCAGCACAGCUCUCUGGGCAUGAGCGGGAGCCCCUGUGACCCCAGAACCAGCGCAGCUCCCAUGCCCCUCAACAUGCCCAUCAACAUGCCUCUUGGACCCCCAACAAACUCCUCCUCUUGGCCGUCCGUAGGCUCCCAAGCCAGCAUUCCUGCCGCCCCUUUCGCUCCUCCUGGUAUGCUUCCCAUCUACCCCGUUUUCCCACCGAUGGCACAGCCCUUCCCCCAGGCCGUCCCAGAUCCAUCACGUUUCCCGCCUACCCAGAUGGUACCGCCCAUGAUGGCCCUCGUUCUGCCCAACUACAUGUUCCCCCAGAUGGGAGCACCCAUACCUCAGCCAGGCCCAACCCCGGGACACUUCUACAAUCCUAACUUCCCAUACCCCGUCGCCACCCCAGCCGCUAUCCCCACCGUCGUCCCCACUGUUGUUGCCAACCCCAUACCCCUUCCAGGCACCGGCGCCCCAUCUCGUAGCAGCACCCCUCAGUCCUACAGUCAGACACCCGCUGACCGUGAGGGUGCAGAGUCCCCCCUCUUCCAGUCCCGAUGCUCCUCUCCGCUCAACCUGUUGCAGUUGGAGGAAUCCCCAAGCAACCGGUUAGACUUCGCCACGGCCCUGGGAGCAUCACAACAAGCCACGCCUUCUGUGCAGGGCGGUGCGGCCGGGGGACAGACCUCAGCCAAUCAGGGGAGCUCUGAUGAUAUCUCCAAGGAGAAUGAGAAUGGUGAAGCUAAUGAGUCCAACCAAGAUGCCAUGUCCACCUCCAGUGACCUGCUAGAUCUGUUGCUACAGGAAGACUCGCGCUCAGGCACCGGCUCAGCCGCCUCUGGUUCAGGGUCCUCAGGCACGAGGUCCUCCGGUUCAGGCUCCGGCUCCAACGGCUGCAGCUCUUCUGGCACCAGUGGCACCAGCGGCAGCCAUACAAGCAAGUACUUUGGUAGCAUCGACUCAUCAGAGAACGAUCAUUCUCGCAAGCAGCCAGCAGGGGGCAGCAGUAGUGCCGGAGGAGAAGGUGGCGAGGAGCAGUUUAUCAAGUGCGUCCUGCAGGACCCAAUCUGGCUGCUGAUGGCCAACACUGACGACAAGGUCAUGAUGACAUAUCAGCUGCCUGUCAGGGACAUGGAGACUGUGCUGCGAGAGGACCGCGAGGCCCUCAGGAGCAUGCAGAAACACCAGCCACGCUUCACAGAGGACCACAAGAGGGAAUUGAGCCAGGUGCACCCCUGGAUCCGCACAGGACGCCUGCCCCGAGCCAUCAACAUCUCUGGCUGUACAGGCUGCAAGUCACCCCCCUUUGUGCCUCCCACCGCUCCGUUCGAUGUGGAGAUCCAUGAGAUGGAGCUGUGCAAUGUGCUGAAAGCUCAGGAGGAGGGCGCCAGAGAGGGGAAGAAAAAUCCGUCAGUGACGGCCAUGGAUGAAACUCACCCAGAGGAUGAGGAUGAGGAAGACGAGGCAGAGGAGAAAGGAACCAAAACACAAGACAGCAACCAGGAGAUGCCAGCAGAGGAGCGGAGGGCGAGCUCAGAAUCUGUGAAAGAAAAGUCUCACAUGACACACUAAGAAGUUGGCCAAAGAUAAAGAACACUAUCACGACCUUUCCAUGCUGAUAUGCAGAAAACGUGCGCCUCCCGGGACUUUCUGUGCCCAAAAAACAUCAUUACACGGGGUGUAAAGUUGUUAAAAUGGGAUUUCUGGGACAUUACGGUGCAUAUUGAUCGAGACAACUUCCAUUUAUUGUUUGACAGGUCAGGCAGGACACUUGACCCAGAUCAUACUUCAUCAACUGUGACUUUGAUGACAGAACACCAGGCAUGUUGUAUGACUGCAUAUUAAAUGCCUUGGAAAAACCACAGGACAUGCACACUCAGUUUUAGAGAGUGAACCAAUACUUUUUCUCCUGUUCUUGUAGUUCUUGGCGUAUUUAUUGAACUUGUAAGAUAAUCAGAGAGGACUACGGUGAAUGUGUUACAAAAGAAAAGGAAAAAAAAGGCGCCUUUCUAUAAAGAUGGAUGUUCUUCACCACAGUGUCCUCCUCGACGUUUUCACCUCUCCUGUUCAGGGUUCAGCUCAUGCGGAAAGAAGGGAGUUUAAUCUGUGACUUUUCUUCUUGUUGAAUGUUUCCUAGGUUGUCUGGGAUUCUGUUCCCACCUAGAUCCUGUUUCUCUCAAAGACUCAGAUUUAGUUUUUUUAUGUAAAAAGUUUGUCCCGACUACAGAAAACACUACUUUCACCCAAUAGACAAAAUGUACAGCGAGAACCAGGUUUAUUUUGUAAACAUUGUGUAUAUUUUUAUACUUUAAACCCACUGCAGAUAGAGAGGAUAAAAUGCCCAAAAGAGUGUAAAAAGUGUGUCAAAAAUCAAGGAUGAAAUAUUAUCUGGCAGAACAACACAAUCACUUCACAGUCAUGGAAAACAGGACAUGGUGUUUCACGUGACGCAGCGAUUUAGUUGCUUUACUUGAGCGACGUACAGUGAAAUCACGGAGGGAGCAUGGCAAUCGCCAAGAGACUGACCUGGACAUUUAAAAAAAGGUCUCUCUUCGGCUGGGCAUUAGUUCUCACAACCAUCACAGACAGUAUUUCCAAACUGCCAGCACCCUAAAGAAAGCCUUUCAGCGGAGGGAGAGCUUUUGUGUUGCCAGCACUCGCUCAUGUUGGUAGGUGGAUUUAAACAAAAAAAAGGUGGACGUAACUCAUAAGAAGUCUUUGAGAGUUCGGAGAGUGUUUACUAUCUUCUUUCCUCUCUGUCCCUUUUCUCUGUGGCAUUGUUCUGGUCAUGUAAUAUCCUAUGCUUUAUGGCGUCAGUGGUGUCUGCAACAGUUUAAUAUUUUUGUGAAAUUCUUUGUACAAAAAAAGACAAUAAAAACUACAUGAAAAUCUCUUAAA